AUGCGUAUCUGUGGAAUUACAUCUCAUCUACCCAACGAAGUCAUCCGCGAAAUUAUCAACAACCUAUCCUCUUUCGAGAAUGAAACCCCGAUAACUACCUUAGCUUCAUGCUGCCUUGUUUCCAAAGUCUGUAGUGAGGUGGCUACACCACUACUUUACAGACACAUCGAUUUGACUUGCGAUGACGAUACCUCAAGAAAUGGUCAUCACGGUCGUCGAAAAGCAAAUGGACAUGAGGGUCGCAAUUUCGUCCCAGCCUUUCAUCAACCUCAUUUCAUACCUCAGCAGGUGAAAUAUCUUCGAAAGUACACCAAGUCUCUUACUAUCAGCUAUCACCACCAUUCCCGAUGCUCUUCCCAUCCCUCAUUCGACAUACUCGACCUACCGAACUUGAUCACCCUCCAGUUGGAUCUCGGUCUCAAUCAUCGACCGAAUCAUCCCCAGCGAUUCCAUACAGGUCAUUUACCCGAUGUUCAAUCUACUUUAAAACCUUGUCCAGUAUUUGCCAGACUCAUCCCCAAGAUCCUAGUCUUCAAGAACGUAUCCAUUCGAUUAUUUGAUCUCCGAUUACCCGAUAUUCCCACAAGCAUUUAUGAAAAAGUCAGAACGUUAGUAUUCAACUCAUCAUCUCAUGAGAGAUAUCGACCUUCCACUUCACCUCUACCCUUCCACCUACCCAACUUACCCAGCAUCAAAGAAGUAUAUUGGUUGUUUGAUCCAAGUAUCGAUAGCAAGGCGGAAGAGCAGGUGCCAAUGCAUAAAGAAUGGUACAAAGUCAAUACACAUAGUAUAACCCAAUUGAUCCUUAGACUACUACUACCAUCACCCGAUGUGAGGUUUAGUAUAGUCAAUGUAGGUAGUACGAUACUGAAAGAUCCUAAUAGACGAUAUAUGUCUAUUGGGGAAAGGCAGGAUGAUAUUGAGAAGCAGUUGAGGGACAAAGUUUGGAAAUUCAGUAUACAAGAUCCUUAUUACCGGGACUGGGAUAAGAAUGACCUCGAAGUUCGGAUGAAUAAUGUUAGGUUCAUGGACCUGAAGUGGUUUGUAGAUCAUGUGGAAUGGUGGGACUGGAUCGAAGCAAGCGUGUUGGCAGAUUGGAAGAAGGUCAUGUAUGGGUUGCCGAAGUGA